CCAGGAGAGAACUGAUCACUAGAUCAGAGGGAACCCUGAUGUCACAAAGCAGCCCUUUAUCAGAAACUAAGGAGAGUUCAUAGAAGAUUCCUUCGCUUGCCAACGAACAGCAAACAUUCCGUGCAAUGGCUUCAUUUAUGAGUCCAAAGCAGAGAGCUGCCCUUGCUAUAAUUUUGCUCACAUCAAUACAAAAGAAAAAAAAGAAGAGAUCAGUGCGUAGCAAACGGUGGCUUGUGAACCAUGAACAGUUGUCCCACACGGGGCCAUUAAACGAGCUGAGAGAAAGAAACCCUGACGAUUUCAAAAACCGUCUACGGAUGUCGGACAGCAGUUUUGAGACCCUUCUACAAGCUGUAGCGCCACUGAUUGCAAAACAAGACACGUGCAUGAGGCAAGCCAUACCUGCAGAGCAGAGACUCAUUGCAACACUGCAAUUUCUUGCAACAGGGAGGUCAUUGGAAGAUUUAAAAAUUCCUAUUGGAAUCUCUGCACAGUCUUUGGGGCAUAUCAUUCCAGAAACAUGUAAUGCUAUAUUUGAAGCAUAUUUAAAGUUCCCUUCAACAGAAGCGGAGUGGAAAGCUACCGCAAGGCACUUUGAAGAAUUCUGGAAUUUUCCAAACUGUGGUGGAGCAAUUGUUGGAAAACAUGUGAGGAUCAAGCCUCCCUCCAGAUCCGGCUCCUAUUUUACAAACUACAAGGGGUAUAAUAGCAUUGUACUUUUGGCAAUAGUUAAUGCUAAAUAUGAAUUUUUAAUGGUCGAUGUGGGAAAAAAUGGAAGGGUAUCGAGUGUUGAAUCCAUGGAACAAACCUAUUUUUAUCAACGGCUACAAAACCAUCAAUUACAGCUUCCAUCCAAUUCAGACACAAGCGAAGGAAUGAAUUACGUUUUUGUGACAGGCGAAGAAUUUGCACUACAUGAACAUAUUCUAACACCCUUCCCACAAAAAGAUAUGUCAUUUGAAAGAAGAAUUUUCAAUUACAGACUGUCACGGGCAAGAAGGGUGGCGGACAAUGCUUUUGGCAUACUGUCUAAUCGAUUUCGCAUUUUCCACACAGCCAUAAAUCUGUCACCGAGUAAAACUGACAGUGUUGUUUUGGCCUGCUGUGUGCUACAUAACUUUCUAUGUCGCACAAGUGGUGCUUCUUACAUGCCAGCAACUAUGUUGGACAGAGAGGACACGGAACAAAGCUCUUUUAUAGCUGCUGAGUGGCGACUUGAGCCAAAUGGACUGUUGGAACUGCAAGAUACUACAUUGCAAAAUGCUACUGUUGAGGCCAAAUUGAGCAGAGACAGAUAUGCAGCAUAUUUUAAUGGUGCUGGUGCAGUAGAAUGGCAAGCAGCUAUGGUUUUAAAUGGGAACUAAACCCUAGAAAUGGCUGUGGCUAGAAAAGCCAUAUUUUAUGUACAGGACCUAAUGAUCUAGCCUUAAGCUUCAGCAUCUCUAUAGUAGUAAUGAUCCAGGCAUUCAAAGCUGUCAGAGGAGUUUCCCAUCUUGGAUUCUGAUAGAAGUGUCUGUGACACUCACAUGCUCAGUGUACUCUGUGCUGUUGUUGAGAAGCUAAGCUUAGGGGUUGUUGCAACUAUCAAUGAGGUUUGUUACAGGGCUGAUUGUUAAAUUCUGAUGCUAAUUGUGCUGGUAGCUAAACUGCCAUGUACCAGUAAUCUGAAUGGUUUACUAAUCAGCCUUAUAUUGUGACAUUUCUAUUCUAUGUGUACUGUAUAUUGUGAGUGGGUCCCUAAGCUCAGUAAGUGACAGCAGCACAGAGCAUGUGCAGUGAGUCAGCAGAAAAGAAGAUGGGGAGCUACUGGGGCAUCUUUGGAGACACAGAUCUUUACUGCUAAAGGGCUGUGGUUGCCUUGGGCUGUUACAGAAGCACAACACAUAAUGUACACUAUUUCUGCCCUACUUCUCUUAUAAAGCUUUAGUUAUCCUUUAAAAAUGUGACAACGUUCAAUUAAUGUAUAAUAAAAAUGUUUAAAGGUA